AUGGCUCAAGGGCCAGAAAUGCUUGAACAUUCGGGGACUGUCAUCGACAGUCAGCUUGUCAAAGCCAAGAAAACUCAAAUUUGUAAGACCUCAAUAAGGCAACCUCGAGCUCGUAAGCCCUCAGUGAGGCAACACCAUAUCUGCAAGACCUCAACAAGUUGGCGUAUACAGGAGAGGAGAGUGUUGAAAUGUACGGAAACUGAGGGCCGGAUAUUGGCAACAAUGGAAACUUACUACAGAAAAAGAUCCAGAAAAGCCAUUCAAGCCAACCUCGAAAUGGAUUACCUGAAAGGGCAAAAGCAAAGCAGUGUCGCCUGCGCAGACACUCCAGCUUUGGCCAGACAUGACAACCAACCUCUUCUGCCCACAUCUGAUCGCUGUACCCUAAAACGCAAUGCAGACCAUGAAAUUCUGCAGAAUGCAAAGAUGAAUAUUGAGAUGGGUUCUAUUUACGAGAUUGAUCAUAUAUAUUUGCCUCCUAGGACCCCAGUUCAACUCAAGUCCAUCCGAGUUGCUAUGGUGAGCGAGAGAACUGUGUUGAAUGUAGCAGUGAGGUACCCGAGCAUGCAGUCACUACAAACAUACUUCAGCAAUAGUAAACGAGAAAUGUAUCCAGCUUUUGAUGAGAAGUUCGUAAUGGGAACAGCUCUGGCUAGUAAAGUGCUUCUUCGUCAAGUUCCUUCUCAGGAGUUCGCCGAGAAGAAACAUCUUCAUAGCUUCUGGUUAGUCAACUAUACUACUUUGGGCGCUGUUCCUGCUGCAAAGAAUGGCAUCUGCUUGUCUCAGCUUAAGGUCAAUGGUAUGGUUACCUGGGGGAUACGCCGGCAGGUCAAGUUUCUGGGGAGACACGAAGACCAAAGCAACAACACCAAGUCUUCUUCCAGCUUUGUUCGAGGAGAAGAAAUUCCAAAACUGAAAACACCAGAAAAAUCUGAAGAAGAAGAUGAGGAGGAAGAAGAUGAAAUCGAUGGUGAAUCAGUAAAGCAAGAAGAUGAAGAAGCAGAAGAGGACGAUGAUGAGGAAGCUGUAACAGAAAAGACUAACAAGAAUCUAAAGAGAAAGAGGUAUAGCUUUAGAGCUACUACAGUAAAGAAAAAGGCAAAGACAACAACGGGUCCUGAGAAGAAAAAUAAGAUUAAGAAGAAAAACAAAUGCAGGGUUUUGUCAGUAUACAAAGACCCCAAAGACCGUUGGUCUGCUGAGAGGUACGAGUUGGCGGAGAAAAACUUAAUGGAGGUGAUGAAGGCAAAGGGAGCAACGGCUAAUAACCCUAUUAUCAGGCCAGAGUUGAGAGCAGAGGCGCGAAAGAGCAUUGGAGAUACGGGCCUGCUGGAUCAUCUGCUCAAGCACUUGGCCGGUAAGAUUGCACCUGGAGGAACUGAACGUUUUCGCCGCAGGCACAAUGCUGAGGGAGCAAUGGAGUAUUGGCUGGAGAGUGCUGACUUAGUUAAUAUCAGGAAGGAGGCUGGUGUUAAUGAUCCUUAUUGGAUUCCCCCACCUGGUUGGAAGCUUGGAGACUCCCCCAUUCAACACCCCAUUUGUGCUCAGGAAUUCAAGCACCUGAAAGAUGAGAUUUUUGUACUCAAAAGGUAA